AUGAACGAGAGAUUCAGCUGGGUUCCAGAUAGUUUGGAAGAUAACACUUUGAGAGCGUGUUCUCAAACUUUCAUCAGUGACCCCCAACGAUCUGUGAUGGAACUCGCUGCAAAGCAGCCCAAACAACUUUCCGCAGAAUAUGAUUUCAGUGACGGCGAAUUAUCUCUGGCUUCAGGUUGUGGAAAAAGAACUGACCCUUCAGAAGGCCUGGAACAAGCACAAAUUCCAUUCAUCCCUCCUCUUGAAUUGACAUCUUGCAGCAGUAGUGUCAUCACGGAUGCUGAAGAUCCAUUUAAAGGUGUCCUCGAUAUUGACCUCCGUUAUGAUUCAGAACAUGACUGCACGCCCUCAACGGGAUCCCGGAGUAGCGAAGCCAAAGACAACACAAUAUCGAGUAGAUGGAACGUUUUCAGUGAGGAGCUGAAACAAAGGCAGAAACAAAGUGAACAACUGACCAAGGUCUCCAAGGCGCGGGUUGCCAAUCAGACCGCCAGUAUACCAUAUGACGGUGGGCUGAUCUAUGUUGGCGACAGUUCUUAUUCGGCGAUAUAUCAGGGUGGAAAGUCCACGGAAAUAAGUAAAUCUCCUCUACCUUCGUUACGGGGUGAGCAUGGGAGUAAUCACUUGUUCAAUCAGCGAAUGCAAAUGCAAAACGCAGCAUACUCCGCCCCAACGCUUCUUGGCCGCGCAACUCCGCGAAACGUGGCACGCAAACUGUCAAAAACGGAUGGACAUACUGAUGAGGAUGGUUCUGUGAAUCAGUGUGAUAACCUCAACCGCUUCAAGAGCAUCAUUCAUCACAACCGACCUUCUGUCGAGCAAAAAUCCAACCAGAUACAGACAAGAGAAGUGUACAUACAAUCUGGAUCACCAACGGAUUUGCGAUAUAAUUCCACCGGGCACAUAAACUCGUCCACUUAUCCUACUACUCCACUCGGCACUGGUAGUCACGCUCAUCCCGUAAGCUGUUUCACAAUCCACCAUUUCAUUCUGAUUGCAAAGUAUUCGAAUUCUUUAGGUAACAUUAUCACUGUCCUUAAAAACGGUUAUUCUGUGGAUUGUGGAAUCACACGAGUGUCUGAAUGUUUUGGGACCGAGGCUCCGAAACAUGAGAAGCUGUCAGCUUCCGGGGUAUAUCGCAAGGGUCUACAACAGCAGGCCGAACUUAUCAAGGCACAUCAACAGUUUUACCAAAACCGAACACAGCGACUGGUUGGCGAUAGACUAACCAGACUAGAUAAAUUGUGUCAAAAAGUUACUCCUUCCGAAACAGUGAUUUCUCGACACCCUUCUCCACACCUUCGUGAGCAGCCACAUAUGCAUUCAGUCGAGCCGUUUGAUUCACACGUAAAACAUCACCGGAGCAUCACCGCUCAGUUUUCGGAAAGUCCACAUUGCCAGAUUACGAUGAAGCGGUACACCAUGAAAGAUUACACCCUUCUUCCCCGGAUCCCUGUGCAAUCAACGGGUUUAGGUCCUGACCUGGACUCUGCAGAAUACAAGGCCAAACUGAACAAAUAUCAGCGACAGCACGGCUAUGCUGAACUUCUUCGAAUGCGGGCUUCAAAACAACACGACAGAAGAAGCCGCAAUCCAGUUCGUCCAAGGAUCAACGACGUUGUUGAACAUGGCGUGCGUAGUGAAUCUGCUCAUUGCAGAUCGGAAAAAUCACCAGUUGAGUUGUCCUCUCCUUCAAUGGAAACACCGAGUGGAAAAGAACCUGGAUUUAUUGUGGUACAAGAAAGCGAAAGUGCACGCUCUUCCGCACGCAACCAGUCCGAACGACAGUCUGGCCUGGCUGAAGUCAAAUUUCGGUCUAAAUCACUAGAACGAACCACAAUGGCAACUGACAAGUUAUCUGAGAGGGAAGCCGAAAAACAAAAGAUCAUCCAGAAAAGAGAACUGAUGAAACAAUAUGCAGAAAACAUCCGCUUUAAACUGUCAAAGCAACGAGCAAAAGCCAAGAAUCGUGCAACCCACAACUCUCCACUCGCAUCUAAACAGGAGCAGGCGAACCUCCUGCAGAACUCAUCAAUCUCUUCAAUUAUUUUGGAUUCAACUGAUGAACCACAACUACUUGAGAUGCUCAGGCGCCACGAAGAAGAUAGAAAACUUGCUGAUGCAUUAUGGAAAGUGAUAGGUGUUUCGCCCUGACACCAGACGAACGAUGCGCGGCACUCAUUUCCUGAUAUCUGACAUUUCUAUAUAGCGUCUUUCUAUUUUAUUGAAACAAUUUCCGAG